ACUCCUACAUCCCACUCUCUUUUCCUCGCUCCUUACUCCCGACACCGGCCCUUGCCUCUGGACUAGGCUGACGACCACCACAGAACACCCCGCUCUCCUUCAACAUGUUCGCCCUCCUCCUCGCCGCCGUAACGGCCAUCACCGUUGUCUCAGGCGCGCCCAUCCAGAGCAGCGACUGCAAGCGCUACAACGUCGACAAACUCGAGGACUAUGCCACGUACCACUUCCGCUACGUCGCCCUCGACUGCCGCACCCAGCACAACACCACCUUCUUCGACGACUGCUGCCGCCCCCUCCGCCAGGGCCAGAACCUCACCGAGAUCCGCCCCGCCCAAUGCAUCCCCAACGACACCCAGAUCGCGUCCGCUUCGUCCCACAUAGCCUCUGCCACCGCGGCCCUCCCCACCCCCAGCGCAUCUGGUACUGGCUACGACAGCUACGCUGGCCAGGCCAACUCGACCGAGGGUCAGAAGCACGACGACGGCGCCGCCGCCGCUUACUCGUCCGACGGCGCGUCCUGGUCUGCUCCUUCCCAACAGGCUACACCCACCCCCGAUGCAUCAUCUGCUCCCUCGUCUUCUCCCUCGCCGUCGCCGUCGCCGUCGCCUGCAGUCAACGCUGAGCAGGCUGCAGCCCAGUACCAGCAGCCGCCUCAGGGCAUUUCGUCCUCGGAGGACGCUACUACCUCGUCAUCAUCGUCUCAGCAGCCCCCCUCGCCGACCUCAUCCUCGGAACAGCCCAAGGAGACCUCCACGGGCGACAACAACCAGGGCAACAGCGGCUCUUCUGACAACCAGAGCGGCGUCAACCAGGGCGGCGAAGCGACGUUCUACGCGCAGACCGACGGCGGCCUCACUGGUGCUUGCGGCGACGUGCACUCGGACAGCGAUCUCGUCGUUGCUCUGUCGACCAAAGGGCAGUGGUACCCGAACACGGGCGAGAAGUCACCCUACUGUGGUCGCCAGGUGCAGAUCUGGCCCGCGGGCAGCUUUGCCGGCCAAGGAAACGUAGUCACAGCGACUGUUGCCGACGCCUGCCCUACAUGCUCAAACGGCAACAGCAUCGACCUCUCGUACGGCACUUGGGACGCCAUGGGUAUUUCGCGCGACGUCGGUGUCGUCCCCAUCGACUGGAAAUUCAUCUAAGGUUGUUCGUUACUAGGGCCGGCUGCGCCUGCCUUGUCUUCGUCACCCUUCUCUCUUAUUUUAUAUCGCACUUUG